GGAGGAAACCCACGCGGACACGGGGAGAACAUGCAAACUCCGCACAGAAAGGCCCUCGCCGGCCACGGGGCUCGAACCCAGGACCUUCUUGCUGCGAGGCGACAGCGCUAACCACUACACCACCGUGCCGCCCCCACAGAAUAUCAACGAGAAAAAAAAGAAUAAUAAGAAACCCAGGAAGAACAGUAGUGUUUUGCUUUGUAAGCAUUGUAAUAAAUCUAGGGAUGUAAGCUGAAGUCCAGUCUGAACGAAGAGCAAUUUUUGGUCAAGGGCAAAAGUUGCGUUUGGAAAUUUUUUGCAUUUUAUCAGCAGGAAAAUAAAAUCAGACUGUUAAAACUGAAAUGUAGGUUCAUCCUGCUUCAAGACGACAACAACCCAAACACAAGGUAAUGUAAAGACACAUGAGUUACAUAUCAAUCCUGAGAUCGAGAUGCUGACCUCUUCUGCUCCUCGGACCUGCCUGAUCCAUCCUGAUGCCCUACGUCUGGUCAGUCUCAUCACAUCGCUCCUGUAGAGGACGGCCCCAUAUGGACAGUUGAAAGUCAUACUUGGAAGACGCUCUGGACUCUUACUGUACAGUAAUGCUUUUAUAGCUGAGGACUACGGUUGACUUGCUAACUUUAGGACUGCAGUUGUCAUGAACAGUUUUGCACUCAAGUUUCUAUCAAUGAAGAGUUUAUAACAUCAACGAAACUGACUUCAUGUUAAAACUGUUAAUGUUAUCACGUUGUCUGUUUUUAGACAACGAAGAGACAGGAGGCAAAGUUGGAGGUGGCAGAGUUGAGGAUGUUAAGGUUGGACAGGAUAAGGAACGAGCACAUCAGAGGGACAGCACAUGCUGAGAGCUUGGGAAUUAAGCUAAGGGAGAUGAGACUGAGAUGGUACGGGCACAUCCUGAGAAGAGAUGUUGGAAGGAGAAUGUUGAGGAUGGAGCUGCCAGGCAAACGAAAACGAGGAAGGCCAAAGAGGAGAUACAUGGAUGUGGUGAGAGAGGACAUGAAAGUGGCAGGUGUGGUAGAGAAGGAUGCGGAAGACCGGGAGCAACGGAGACAAAAGAUCCGCUGUGGCGACCCCUAAUCGGGAGCAGCCAAAAGAAGAUGAUGAAGAUCACAUUGUCUGUUAUCACCCAAAUGAGGAUGGGUUCCCUUUUGAGUCUGGUUCCUCUCGAGGUUUCUUCCUCAUGUCGUCUGAGGGAGUUUUUCCUUGCCACCGUUGCCACUCAUGUUUAAAGUCAUUUAAAUUCUGUAAAGCUGCUUUGCGACAUUAUCGAUUGUUAAAAGUGUCAUAAACUUGAGUUAAAGAGAAAAAGUUUUGCCCUAAACUUCAGUCUCCAGUUAGAUGAAUGAGUAAGGAUUGACAAAUCUGGUAGAGUGAGAAUAAAAAUGUCAGGAAGAUGUCGUCUUCUUUCAGCUGCUCCCGUUAGGGGUUCCCACAGCAGAUCCACAUAUUUGAUUUGAAUUGUAGAAGGAAACCCACACAGACUUGAGGAGAACAUGGAAACUCCACACAGAAAGGCCCCUGUCAGCCAUGAGGUUCGAACCCGGAACCUUCUUGCUUUGAGGCAACAGUGUUAACCAGUGCACCACCGUGCCACCUGGCAGGAAAAAUAUGUGCUUAGUCUUGUUUUUGAGUCUUAUUUUAUUUUUCAGAGAGGGUAUGAAACCUUUGCACUUAAUUUCAUCUCAUCUCAUUAUCUCUAGCCGCUUUAUCCUGUUCUACAGGGUCGCAGGCAAGCUGGAGCCUAUCCCAGCUGACUACGGGCAAAAGGCAGGGUACACCCUGGACAAGUCGCCAGGUCAUCACAGGGCUGACACAUAGACACACAGGGUUUUUUCUAAAUAAGGGAACAGGGGCGCUGCGCCCUCAUACUCCCGGCUUGCGCCCUCUUACCGGAAUGCCGAUUUAACCUAAGUCACACUUGGGCUGUGCACUUACAUGCUGCCAUACAACAUACAAUAUUUCUCAAAAUGAUCUUUUCUCCGUGAAAAUAUCCCAGUACCACCACUUGACAAUGUGUCUGUUCCCCAAAUGUGUUUUAAUUACUCCAAAAAUAUUCCGAUCCAAAAGUUUAACAGUGCAAAAACGAUCCGAAUCGGAGUUUCCCCGACCGAGUCGCCAUGUUGUUUUCUGUUAUCGCGAGAUUUGAUGUCUAUGGGUAAUAUGUAAGGUCAGCUGACUUGUUUCUCGAGAUUGAAUGACCUUUCACCCACUAGCGCGGGCGCUUAUGAUUGCGAGUUAUUUUGGUUUAUGCUUGGGCAUUUAAAGAUGUCAUCCCGCGGCACAAAACGGAAGAAAGCUAAAGAAUGUCCGGGGCAGAAGAAGAUGACUUCUUUUUUCGGUCACAAAGCAGAUAAAGAUGUUUCCAAUAGCGAGGUCGCGACAAUCGAGAGAUCGGUCCAUGCCGACAGGUCCGGGUCCACAUUGAAGGACGCGUCAACCGAGCGCUUUGACGGCGGCGCAGAAUCAGCGACGAAUGAAGACCAGGUGUCUUGUUCGGAUGAAAGCACCGAGUGUUCAAUGGAGAAGCAAAAUGAGAAAAGGGCCAAGUUCCUGGAAAAGUUCAAGCCCAAGAAAAAGAACUCAGGACAUCUGGUUGGAUACCAGGAGGCAUGGGAGAAGGGAUACCCCUGGCUUUAUCCUGUCAACAAUAAAACAGGGAUGAUGUGCCGCAUUUGUAAGCGGCACAACCAGCGCCAACAAAAUGGGGAAUAUAUCUGGAGCAAGAUUCCCUGCACCAGCUUGCGGGUUGACAAGGCGCGGAAUCAUGCAAAAUCCAAACAACAUCGAACGGCGCAGGCGACAGAAAACGCCCGCAUUGCCGCAGAGAUGAAUGGAGGCAUUGGCCAAGCCAUGGCAAACACUGUUUCCUUGAAUCAAGAAGCCGUGAAGGCGGCACUGAAGGUGGUCUAUCACCUAGCAAAAAAGGAAAUACCUCACCACACCAAUUUCAAGGACUUGGUGAAGUUUGCGACCACCGAGUUAGGUUGUGAGGUGUUCAACCGGCUGAAUGUUGGUGGAAAUGCCACAUACACCAGCAGCAAAGUUGUAGAUGAAUUCUUGAGUGUCCUUGGCACUCAGUUGGAGGAGGACCAGCUGACCACCAUCAGAGGCAGCCCAUUCCUGGGACUGAUGUGCGACGAAACGGUGGACAUCUCGACAACCAAUGAGCUGGUCCUAUACUGCAGGUGUAUCAAUGGUGAUGGCAAGUUUCAAGCCAACUUUCUGAAGGUUGUGGCGUUAAAAGAUGGAAAGGCCGACACUGUCAAAGCUGCCCUCAGUCACUACAUGGAGGAAAAUGAUCUGUCCAUCCAGAAGGUGGCUGGUUUUGGCUCAGAUGGAGCAGCAUGUAUGAUAGGAAAUCGAAGUGGUGUUGCCACACAGCUUAAGGAGGACAAUGCAAAGAUAGUAAGUAUCCACUGCAUUGCACACAGACUGGCCCUUGCCGUCGGACAAGCUGGUAACAAGGUGAAAUACAUUGGCAACGUCUUCAAGCCGAACCUCAUGAGCCUGUACCUCUACUACAACGGCAGUGCAGUUCGAUCGGAAGGCCUGAAAGAGAUACAGAACAUCCUCCAGGACAUGGAGUUGAAGUUGAACCAAGCAAAGGACGUGAGGUGGCUGUCCCAUGAUGCUGCGACAAAAGCCCUUUAUAGAUCACUGCGUAGCGUUCUGGUACAUCUCCAUCAGGAGACAGGUAAGGGGGUUGCUAUGGCCAAAGCUCUCUGGAGCUGGCUACAUGCGUACAAGACCAUAGCAACCCUCUACCUGCUGUGUGAUGUUCUUCCUCAUCUGUCAGCCCUCAGCAAGUGUUUCCAGCAAAAAAAGCUUGACCUGACAGAAAUCCACAAGGCAGUGGAGACAAAAAAGCAAGUGAUGCAGCUGGCCAGGGAUCAGCCACUUGAAGGUGGACGGCUGGCCGACCUGGAUGUGGACCUGGGCCCAGGGGGACGGCUGGAUGGUCUAGACAUCCUAGUCUCUGACCGGCAGCGGGAGGAAUUUGCACAUGUUCGAAGUGCUUUCAUCGACAAUCUUGUAGAGAACCUGGAGGAGCGGUUCCCCCAAAUGGAACUCCUGGCAGCAUUUGGUGUGCUGGACCCUGGCUGCCUACCAGACUCCAUGACUGGAGAGUACGGAUGGGCGGAGAUGGACAAGCUGUCCACCUUCUACUCAGAUGGCCAUUCCCCCAUUGACAGGGAAGAACUUCGGGAUGAAUGGAUUGCCUUCAGACAGCACCUGGGCAGUUACCGUCAGAAGUCACCAAAGGACAUGUGCCAGGUGCUAUCUGCCAACCCAACACUAGCCUGCCAAUAUCCAAACAUAGCCUCCCUCUAUGUCAGAAUGGUGGUUAUCCCUGUGCAUACAGCUGACUGUGAGAGGGCCUUCUCCACUCUCAAAAGGGUAAAAACAAGGCUGAGGUCCACACUGACAAACACCAACCUUAACCAUCUCCUCCGGAUCAGGAUUGAGGGGCCUGCCAUCGACAGCUUUGACUUUGACAAGGCAUUGAUGCGUUGGGGCAGCCUAAGGAACAGGCGACUGUUGUUGUAACGGUCUUUGUUUUACUGGUAGCAGUGACAGUCUCUGUAAUUGUUAAUGUCAUAGUGGUAUAACCCUGGUUAGUGUGCGAUUGCAAGUACUGUAACACAUCAUGCACAAGUAUGCAAGUACAAUCCAAGACUUAAGUAAAUAAAAGUUUGGCCAAUAUUUUUAAAU